CGGAGUUUGGCUCUUUGGAAAAACGGUGUCGGAAGUGUCGGCGGCGCGGAGCCACCUUGCUGCCGGCCUCAUGUCCCUGGACCUUAGGCCGUAACCAGCCCCCGCUGAAGGCCGCAGCAGGCCGGGGUAGCACAGUCUGGGCCUCGGCGCCCCUGGGGGAGGGACCACAGCCUCGCCUGGUCUUCGGCGGCGGGAGCCGCUCCGCCUUCUGGAUCUGUGUGCCUUCCUGGCGACCGACGAAAGGCUCCCUUGGAAUUUCGAUUCGCUGGGUGACCUUGCGCUCUAGGCGACGCCUCGCUUGUAGUUCGUGGCCGCUCUUGGCUGUUCAGGAGCUUUGUGAGAGAAUCUCAGUGUGUGGAAACAUUGGUCUGGGUUCCAACCAGUGUAUAUCCGAAGGUCUCAGUAUAAUACCAGGACCAAAAUACUGCAUAUCCGUCAGCCGGCCAGCCAUAUACUUAAUGACUCCUAAAAGUCUCAUGGACUUCUAAAUGUUCUGUUUGCCCAGGAAGCACCAUGGCCUGUGCUGCUGUCCUGGUUCCUGGGUUGUUGCGAGGCCCUGUUGGAGCCAUCUGCUCCCAGGCUGCUUUGUUGAAAUCGACACGUGGUGCUUUGCGCCACCUUACGCUAACCAGCAUAAUGAAAUCCAAGAGGAAAACUGAUCACUUGGAGAGAACUGCAAAUGCCCUUCGACAGGAGGUCGUGACGGCAGCUAAGGUGUGUGGAACAGCCAAUGAGUCACCCUCUGUGAAGAGGCUCCGCCUGCUUGUUGCUGAUCAAGACUUUUCCUUUAAAGCCGGCCAGUGGAUUGAUUUCUUUAUCCCAGGAGUCUCUGUGGUUGGUGGGUUUUCAAUAUGCUCCAGCCCCCGACUGCUAGAACAGGAGAGAGUAAUAGAAUUGGCAGUGAAAUAUACGAACCACCCUCCUGCUGUCUGGAUUCACAAACAGUGCGCACUUGACUCUGAAGUGGCCGUGAGAGUGGGUGGAGAGUUCUUCUUUGACCCUCAGCCUGCGGAUGCCUCUAGGAACCUCGUGUUGAUCGCAGGAGGAGUCGGAAUUAACCCUCUGCUUUCCAUCCUGCGGCACGCGGCCGAUCUCCACAGAGAACGGGCAAACCAAGGAAGUGGAUAUGAGAUAGGGACAAUAAGACUCUUCUACAGCGCAAAAAACACCAGCGAACUCCUGUUUAAGAAAAAUAUCCUCGAUUUAGUAAAUGAAUUUCCUGGGAAGAUUGCAUGCAGUUUGCAUGUUACAAAGCAGACUACACCAAUCAGUGCAGAACUCAAGCCAUACAUCACGGAAGGAAGAAUAACGGAGAAGGAGAUAAGAGAGCACAUUUCAAGAGAGACUUUGUUCUACAUUUGUGGCCCACCUCCAAUGACAGACUUUUUCUCCAAGCAACUAGAAAACAGCCAUGUUCCCAAAGAACACAUCUGCUUUGAGAAGUGGUGGUAGGGAGCAGGCAAAGGUAGAAAGGAGAGGGUUGUGGGAUUUACCCGGGACACGAUUCGAAGCAAGACGAAGUUACCUCCACUCCAUCUUUUCUUAAGGCUGUGGGCAGAGUGACCUGCUGGAGCAGAAAAGAAAAAACAGCUGACAAGACUUAAAUGAUCAACUUUUGGCAAAGACUUCAUUGAACUAUUUUUUACUGUAUUGACUUUCUUUUAUUAGUAACUGUUUGAUUAUCUCAUGAUGUACCUUGAAUUGAUUUCCUUUCCCCUGAGGGAAAAAGAAGACAUAUACUUACAUUUAAUCAUAAGAAAAUGAGGUCUUGUGUGUGAAAUGUAGGCUAUCUUUAAAUUAUUUGACAGCAGCCUAUAUAUCUUAUAUUCAAUAAACUUAUAAUUUAAACACAUUCUUA